GCAACCUAGUACAAGGCUAUCAUUUGUCUUCUCCCAGCCUCAUCCUUUGUUCUCCUUGGGUUUAGCCUGUCACUUCCUAGGGUUUGGCUCUGUCCCUUGUUGGGACAGCAGCACUUCUCACCCGUGACUCUCAGAAGUGCUGUACCAGCAGAGAGCAUACUACUGACUGGCUGGAAUGAAAACAGCUCUAUCCCACGGACUCCACCUCUGCUUUCUGGCAGCUUACCUGACUCAUAAAGAGAGCGGGGGGUUUUAUAUGCCACCUACAUCAACGCAACAUUUUCCUUUGUGGUGAGAGUUAAUCACCACCCUUGUCAUAUUAUUUCACCCUAUUGAAGUGGGGAUUCUUUACCUUUCAAACCAGCCUUAUAACUUAGGGUGAGGUUUUUUUCUGAAUUUGCACCAUUGCAGAUGGUGUGUGUUGAAGAGGAAACUGUGGGGUUUUAGCCAUGGUGGUCGGAGAUUUAAGGGGGAAAAGUUUUGCUUAUAUUUGUCAGAAAAACUAGACAUGCUUUGGGCACAUAAAAUCUCUCUUUAUAACCUGUUUGUAUAACCUGUGUCUCUUGUGGGCAGAGAGAUCAUAUGUAGUAGACUGAUAUUUGUCAAGCAGAAAAAAUUACGUGAAAGAAGACUGGAAGGUAGGAAUGAGAACAAAACACAGAAAUGGCAAUACAAUGUGUGUAGAAGGCAGUGGAGGAAGGGAGAGGAGGAACAGAAAGUGCACCUCCUGGAAGGUUAUUGGGAGUUACGAGAGAACAUGAAUUACCCUUCCUCCUGGAAAGUGUGAGAAAGCUUAGACAGAAAAGCAUGUGACUUUUUGCAGAAGGAAUUCUCGAAACGAGGGAGAGGAAGGAACUGCUUCCUCUGCUUCCUCCUGGAGCUCAGCACUUAAGGAAAACACCUACUGUGAAGGAGAGCCAGGGAAAUCAUUUGGUAAGAGUCUCCUCAUUUCUCUGUCACAAAGGCAGGUAGAAUCAAGGAACAGGAAGGAAAGGGGAAAACCAAAAGGACAGAAGUUAACCAUUGGCAGAUGUCAGUGAAGGAAGGGUAGAGAAAGGAAGCUGCUGCCGUGUUGGCAGAAAGUUUCCAGGUCCUCUGUGGGACCUGGAAAUUGACAGAGAAGCAAGGGGUGUGCUACAAGACAGGAGACGGGGAGCAUCCUGUCAGGAAUGAGCUCUCUGACCAUACAUAAUAUAAAUAUAGGUUAUUUCCAUUCUUGAUGUGUUUCAGUCUUAAAAUGCACCACAGAUACAGCACCUCUGCCUUGAAGAUAUGGAAGCUGUAGCUGUCUCAACCUUCCUGUAACCCCCUCCUCCUUCUCACAUGCCAGAAUUAACCCCAUAUUAUCUCCUCUCCUGCACUGUGGGUCCUCAGCCUAGCUCCAGUCAUCCUUCUUAUCGAUUGCACCUGCUUCACGACUGGGGCACAACUCAAGAUGAGGACUUAGCAGUCAUCUGCAAAGAUGUGCUUCUCAAAGCAGUGGCACUAAUGAGCUCUGUGAAGGAAGCAUGCUGGGAGAGGCACCAGCAGGGAGAAAGAAGAGCAAAAAGAGAGCCCAUUAUCUGAGAAAGAAACAGACUUAGGAGACUAUAGGAGACUCUAGGAUUAUUGCAGUGGGUAGACUAAAGGCAUGGAAGCCUCAGGAGGAAAGUGAAUGUGGGAGGAUGGAGCCAUGGAUGGUUAAAAAUAACAGUAUGGUACUCCACUGAUAUUUUAAACCUGCUACCUUUGAAAACCCUUCUGAGUUUUGAAAAGCAAACCUUACAUUUAAUUGUUCUAAUUGGUACUGACCAUCCAGGACCGCUGGCAUUUUGGGCCAAUCAUUUUGUCCAGCAACCCCCAUUUUCUUCACUGCAGGUCUAAUGGUUGCAACCAAGUCUUCAGCAGAUUGCUCUUUGUACCCCGCCUGAUGUAAAUAUCAAUGUAUCCCCAAUUACGUUUUGAUUUCUCUGAAAGGGAGAUGGCGUUUGUGAGUAGCACACUAACUCCAUGUGAUAAUGAUGCUAUCACAAAUUAGAGGUAAAUUAAAGCACCAUUCACAAUCAAUUUGUACAAUGUGGAAUUUGGGCCUGAGUUAAUUCGGACCUGAAAGCCUUUUUUUUUUUAUGUUUCUGAACAACUGCCAGCUUUUCAAGCCUGUGGCUGUUCCAAGUAAUGCAUUAGUCUCUGUACAAAUAACACAUGUGAGAUGGGACCAAGUGGUAGCAAACCUGCUGGGGCUUUGAACCUCCUGGCACUUGUAAUGGGUGUGAGAAAAUGAAGGAAGGAACAAUAAAUAAAAGAAUAAAGAAAAGAGAAGUAGAAAGCGAAGGACGUCUGUGCAUUUUGAUAACAAUUCUUCGGUAGCACAGCAACAUAGAAUGGAAAUACAUUGUCUGGUUAAUGUAGAGCAGUUAUUUGCUAUGCCAGAGCCAUCUCAUAGAAAUCUUUUUUUUUAUUUUUAAAUUAAGUUUUGUCUUUUAACCAUGAAAGGUAUCGGUUUCUUCAUCUUUCUCCCCCCCUCCCUUGCCUUUAUCUUCCCACUUCCGAGUAAGAUUAUAAAUAAUGUUCCCUCUCAUCUCCAGUGUAAAUUUAUUCAUGAACAUUUUAAAAUGGCUUAUUGUCAGUUCUUGUUCCAGAGUUUACUUUUACCUUCAAUAACUCUUGUGUCCUUAGUGCUCACUCCUGUCUAUUUCUGGAGAAAAGGCAGCUUGCCUUUCCAGGGAAGCUUUGCCGUGCUGUCCCAGCCACACUUCAAUCCUCUCCUUGCAUCUGGCAGGCUCUCCAUUUUCCUGCUUCCUACAGAAGAUGACCUCUAACACUCAGAGCACUCUCUGCCUGUGGUAAUGUGAUCUCGUGACAGCAGCAGAAAAAGGUGUCAGCAGUCCUGGAUCAUGUUCCCAAUCCAGUCUUUGGAUGAUGAUAGGUCUGGGGAAGGACAUUUAUCUUUGUUUCUCUGCAGGCUCCAGUAAUAGUCACACAUCUCUGUUUUACAGUAAAAUUGCUUUUACAAUGCCAAAUUAAUUAUUAAUACAUACAUUACAAUAUUUUCAGUAUUCUGUAGCAUUGAAAUCAGAUGCUGUGCCACUUGCUGCCCUUUGGCUUGUGGCAUGGCAUGCAGUCCUUUUGAAUGUACCUGUGUGGUACCCCCACCUCCUGUGUUUACACUCUGUGUUCCUAGGCACCCAGGCUUUAUAGCCAUGACAAAGCAGUUUUCACAUAUUCCUGACUUUUUUGGUAAUUGCGUGAUUUCUGCUAUUUUUUCUUACAUAAUUUUCUGGACUUGCUGAAAUGUGAGUAACUGGAAAAUGAUGAUUGAAGUGAGAGACUCUUUUUGAGGGAAUGUUGGUCAUGAUUGAUUACCGCUGCACACAUCAUGUCCUCAAGUGGCACUUUCUCCCCAUGUAGGGGGAGAUCUGUUGAUAUUGCCCCUGUCUGUUGAGCAGACAUGCAUUAGACCCAUGUAUAUCCCAUGAAGGUUGUUAAAAAGCUUUGCUGGGUUUAUUUCACCCAUGCCAUUGAGAAUACAUGGUAACACCUACAUUGUGAUGUACCUAUCACAUCACUCAAAAGCCUUAAUGCCCUUAGUCUGAUCUUCAGUCCAAUUUGGGCACGUAGCUUUCCACUUCAUCAUGGGUUUAUAUCUGAACAUAUUAUUCCCAGUCAAUAUAGUUUGGCCAGAGUACAGAUUUUGGGGUACUAUCUGAGCUUUUGUUUCUUUUUGCUACAUAAAUGAUCUGUGGCGUUGGAAAAGGUCACAGAAACCUAUUAAAACCUGGAUAUGAGGUGUGUGGGAGGAAGAGGUGCCACAUAUGUCUGCAUUGGUUUCAACACAACUCCUACUUUAACUUGGAAGCAGCUAUCAUCUGGGGCAGCUUCUUCUCCCUCUCCCACCCACUCUCCCCUUACGGCCUGCAGGUGCUGGGCUGUAGCUUCUCUCAUAUUUUUGCCUGAAUGGCUGAAUUAGCACAUUUUUAGUGGAUGCCUUUUUCAGCACUGAUGAAGAUGGUCUAGAAUUUUGAUAAUUCUCCAUUACUUCAUAAAAUGCAUAAAAAUAGUUUGCUUAAAGGCCAUAGCAGUUCUUUAGGCUUAUUAUCAUUAGUAGUUUAGAGACCAUGGUUCCAUUUUAGAAGGAGUUCUUUAGAUAUAGCAGACUAAGUGAUUUUGUGCUCUUCUGCUUUUCCAGAGGAAUUGAAAUGAUGUGGUUAAAGAUCAAGUGAUUUUCAUUUCUUAUAUGGCACAGAGCAAUUUAUUUGAAAUCUGCACUUUUUAUUUUCAAUAGCAUAGGGUGUAAUGGAAUAAGUAAAACACCUUUCUUUUGUUAGUCACCUAUGAUUUUUGUUCUCACACCCAUCUCCAAUUGUCUUUACUUUGCAAACCACCAAGAAGUUACGUAGAGCUUGUGAUGCUUCUGAGUAGUGGAGCUGCUGUGAUGUCUUGCUGCUUCUGCCCAGCAGGAUUGGUCCAGAUCGGUUGUAGCUCAGCUGCCUGUGCAUGGUCAGCAGGCUCUGACCUCUCCCUGCCUUCGAGUGACUUUGCUGAGUUAGUCUAGGGACAGGAGCUAAACCCCACACCCAGACACAGAGUUGUGACAGGUUGAUCCCCUGCGGGUCCAGCUGAGUUGAAGUGGGAUAGGAAUGGAACAGAAGCCUUUUGCUUCAGAAAAGAAUUUGUGGCAGGAGCAGCAAAUCCUGAUGACUCUGAAACUUGAAGAGGAAGCUUGUGCUGAAGUUUAUGUUGUAUAAGGUUCUGACUUAUUGAUAAAACCCUAGGAAGGAAGUGAGCCUGGUUGUGUUCUCUGUUGCACUGUAUUAGUGCUGAAGACUUUCUGAGGAUGUUUGUGAUAAUACAGAAUCACAGAAUAUUCUGAGUAGGAAGGGACCCACAAUGAUCAUCAAAAUCCAGCUCCUACAGGUUUCUCUGAAACCCUGGCACUCUGUGUGAAGGUUGCCUGGAGUGUAAUUGUAGCAGAUGAACUGGGUGAACUCUCAUAAACGUUUAACAGGUAUUGAUCUAGAGAAAAUAUAAUUUUGCAUUUAUUAGAUGCUGUUGGUCAAGCGUGUAGAUCAGAGAUAUCUCAAAUCAGGUAGAUAAUGAGUGCUCUUAUAAAGAGCAGAUAAUAAAGCUUUUUUAAGUACUCAUUAACAGUAACAAAACCUUGAUAAAACAUGAAGUCUGAUUUUUAUAAAGUACUGAGCCUCCUGGAUUCCAAUGGAAAUCAACAUCGGCUGUUGGUGCUAAGCAUCUCUAAACAUUGUAUUUGUGGUUUCAGACCCAGGUUAAAUCCCCACUGACUUCAGACACUCUUUUAAUCAGCCUAAGGACUGAAUAUUUAGCCUUCUGACAGUCAUUCUUCUUGCAACAUUGUCUCUCUGUUGCUCUGCUUCACUCAUGGGUAAGAUUUUAUUUUCCUUAAGAAUUCAGUGUAUCUUCUCUGCAGAGAGCUCAAAUCUAGGGUCCUGCUCCUUACUUUGUACAUAAGCAUCUCUGAUUGAUACCCCCACAGCCCUGAGAAGUACUUACAACUUGGGCAGAAGUAGCACAAGAAAUGACAGCUCUUUCUGGUGUUUAAAAAUGUGUUUUCUAAAAAUAAUAAAUGGGAAUUAUAGAAAAGAAGGGAAAAUAUUAUUGUAGGGAGUACCCUGUACUGAACUCCCAGGCAAUGGGUUAACACAAGCAAGAUAAGGAUCAGUCAAAGAGUUAGGACACCAGUGUAUGGCACUGCUCUUUUCUGCUUGUAUUUGUUCUAAAGAAAUUUAAAGAUUUCUUUGAACAUAGUGUGUCUAUGUCAGGGACUGAAUUUGUAGCAUUUCUUUCUAUGUAAAGGAGUAAGGGACAUCUUCAGUUUUAACCUCUUUUCGUGGUCUUAUACGCAAGCAGGAAUCUCUUCACUAGAACACUGCAUGUGUGUAUUCCAGGUUAAAAGUUAGCCAUUUAAAUGAUAACUUUAUCAUUCAUAUCAUAUACAAUGUAGCAGAGCAUGUGGAAGUGGGGACGGGGCCUUAUUAUUGGUACUGGAUUACCUGGAAGGAGACCUAGGAUCCCAAAACUGUCAUCUGUGCCCCUCCAUCAUUGGAAUUGGGCAUUUCAGAACAGUUUACCUUAUUCUAGGAAAUUCUCCUCUUCUUUCCUUCAAAGCAAAUAUUACCUCAUGAUCACAUGCUAGACAACAUAGCAAGAGAAAAAUUCUUUCCAGUCCAAAAUAUGACUAUCAGUUUUUGCACAUGAGGCAUCAUCCCCAAAUUCUCAUGGCGACUCAUCACGCUUCUGAUCUGCUUCAGUAAGGCAGAGCUUGGUACCAAAUAAUCACGAAAUAUUGCUUAUUUUCUCAACUAUUACUAUAUAAUUAUACCUGUCAGAUGAGCAAAUUCUUGUUUAAUAACUUCCAGGUAGAUGGCUACACAUUAUAUGAGGGAGGGGAUUUGCAGUUUGCAGAAAUAUACUGUUCCAAUAACAGUCAUUUGUAAUUUGUAAACUGUAUUUACCAGAUCUUAUGAGCAUUUCAGAGCAGAUGAAUCUGUUGGAAAGCCUUUUCCUUUUGGUGGAAACAUUUCCUAAUUAAUUGCCCUUCUUUGUGUUUCAGAGAAAUUAAAAAAAAAAAAGCAUCAGCCAAUUUCACUACAUUUCUUGGCAUGUAGGAAUAAAGCCAAGUAUUCUUUCUUUUAUACAAUAGGAGAAACUAAGGAAAGGGAUAAUAACUGAACAGAAUGAACUGGACAUUUCUACUGAAGGGACAGGUACCCACUGGCUCUCAUUUACUCUGGCAAAGAUUAAAAUAGAACAUCAGAAGAUUAGCAAAAACCAGAACAUCAGAUGCCCAAAAGAUGAGAGCUUGAGAUUUUCCUACAAAUGUUUAAUUUUCCACCAAAACAAAAUAACAAAGUGUUCAUUUUAGAAAUGUAUCUUUUAUGGUUGAUUAGGAAAUUACAGUAAGGGAACAGCCUGGUGGGCGUAGGAAUUUACAGUGGAUGCCCCAGAGCUCAUCACAGUAAGGACAGCUUUCAAAAGGACAAAGAAAGAAAGAAAAUCCAAGUGCUUUUUCUACCCCUGCAUGAGGACAGGUCCAGAAGGCUAAUAGUCAGCCAUGCACACCGCUGUCACCAGCUUGGCAUUGGUCCUACAGACUCAGCAGCAAGGCAAAAAAUGAACAAAAAUUCUGCAGGAGCUUCCCUGCCUGUCUCUCUCCAACUAUAUAUCAGGCCUCAGGAAAACAGAGACAGCAUGGGAUUUCUCAGCAGGGCUCCUUUCCAUUUCAGAUCUGAGACUGUGGUGAUUUGUAUCUUUGAAUAUGUUUUUCUGUUCGUUUUCCUUUUAAUGAUACUGAAGAAAGGGGUGUCAACACAAAGGAAGAUGUAUGUGUCGCUCCAUACUGCUCUGGUUUCUGGCAGCAGUCAGGCUGCUGCUUGGAACUGGCUGGAAAAAUUGCUGUCACUGGUUUUGUUGUUGGUUUUCUGAGGAAAGAAAAAAAUGCCAGCACUGAUAACUGAUUGACUCAGAGCAUACAAAGCCAUAAAGUAAAAAUGUGCCCAAAGAUUUUCUUCAAAAACCUGAAACCUUCCAAAUGUCACCAUGAUGCUUCAGAGUGCCUUCUCUUGCAUGGCCAUACCCUGUGUCCCAGGGACCUCAGUGGCUUGGACCUGGAAAUGAGCAUCACCUCCCCUCCUUAGGCAUCCUUAUGGAAGUCUCUGGCUGCAGUAUCCCAUGAGAAACGCCCAUCAAGAGAACACAGCCCAUAAAACGUGUUCUGCCCAUCUGCAGUCUCCAAGUCACAGAAAUUAUGAGGUUGGGGGUGCCUCAGGCAAACAUCUUGUACAGUCCAUGCUCAGAGCAGGGUGAGUGACUGUGAGUUGCUCAGAGCCACAUCCAGUUGGAUUUUGAGUAUCUCCAAAGAUUGAUAUCCUGCAACCUCUCUGAGCAACCUGUGCCAGUGCUUGGUCAACCUCACAGUAGAGAAGUCAAUCAUGAUGGCAGCACUUCCUAACACAAAACCUAACAACUCCAGAUUCUUUCUCUCUCCCUCUCUCUUUCUUUGGUUUUGUUGUUUUUUGGGGGUUUUUUUGAUUUUUUUUUUAAGGGAAAAGAAAGAGAUGCAACUAUUUUCAUAAAAAGAAACCAUUUUUUUUAAAGAUCACUUAGUGUUUUCCUCAACAAACUCUCCACAUGGACACUUUGGGAAUAAUUCCACUACUUCUGUCUUCAUACCAGAGCAGCACCUGCCUCUGGGUUGCGUUACACUGUUGACGGAAGGGUUGGUGACACCGUUGAUCAUUUGUAACAUUAUUUAUUUAUUACCUGGUAAGUGCACUCAGGCUCUUUGUGGUAGACACUGCCCAAAUAAAUCAAAAGGAAUACAAUCUGUUUUCAAAGCAGGUGUUAUUUACCUGUUAAACAGUCAGCUGCAAAGAAAUGGGGAGAGAGAAGCAAGGAAACCGAAGCUUUUGUGCUAAUUUCUGAACUUCAGCAUCACUGUGGCUGCACAUGGGAGAAGAGUAAGAUCCUGGCUGUGCUGCCCAAGGGUGGGUGUUAGCCAGUCAAAUGGACAGAGAUGUCCUGUAGGUGUGACCUUUCCUGGAGUCAUAUGAAAUCACUCUGGUGACUGUUGGGCACUAUAUUCAUUUUUUAAAAGCUGCAGUACAAGUGCACUUAAGAAUUAAUGCAUAUUUUAGAAGGACAUACUUUUUAAAAAGCCUAAGAAGUAGUUGUUUGCAUUUUUCAGUUGUGGUGUUUUUGUCAGGAAAUGAGCAUAAAAGAAAAAGAGGCUUGUGCACAGUUAUCCCUUCUCUUGGAAAAAUGCCUUUCCGUUGAAAAGACAUAUUUUCAAGUCUACAAACAGAGCAGUAGGGGAUUUCUUUUCUCAGUAGGGCUUCCCAAAUAGAGGAAAAAAGGAAGAAAAUUUGUGAUGUCGCCAGAGGAAGAAAAUGUGAUGUUUAAGGGGGCAGGUGUCAGAGUUUUGAAGGCUGUCCAGAACUUUUGGGGCAGUCCAGCGCUAGCCCUUCCAAAUGCCACCACUGAGAAGAAUGCAUGGGGAAUUUAAGAAAGGGGAUGAGGUGGCAUGGUGAAACACUUUGCCCAUGAAAAUCAUGUCUUUGGAGAAGAAACUGCUUUGCUGGAGCAGAAACUCAGCGCUAAGGACACUGAUGCCAGCUUUGGCUUCUAGACAGGAGGGUGUUUUGGAGGGCUGUGGUGAAGGCCUUGCCUCCCUGCUCCCUGGCAUCCCGAGCAAUGCCAAUCUGCCCUUGCAGCUGAGUGUACCCCCACUUCAAGUGCUCAGCAUUGCCCCUUGCCCAAUGCCUGCCAGACCAUGAGGCUGCCAGAGCCCAGCACUGGUGCCUCUUGGCACGGAGCAGCCAGCAGUGCAGGAGGCAUCAUCUCACAUACUGAUUUGGAGCCACGGAAGUUUCUUGCAUGAUUUGGAAGCAGGAGGUGGUAUCCACUGAGAUGUGGGCACAUGAAUCCAGCCUUGGUAUCAAAGAUGUCUGCUCCCACAGGGAGCAACCAGGAACUUUGCAUAGAUUGGUUGCAACAGUGCUGCUGCAUCUAGUUUUAAAUGCAAAUGCAGGCAACAGUGGAGAAACCAGGUGUUUCACUCCUUCCCAAGAAGGAGAGGCAGGGCUGAGCAUGCAGCCGUUGCUUUGGCACAGGCACCAUUUUGGUUCCUCUCUGAUACUCUUGAGCAUGCAGACCAUAUGUUACAUCCCAGCUUUCUCUCUCCUGUUUGCUUCUAUCCAUUUUCCUGUAUGCCAUCAGCUCUGAAACUCUUUUUUCUCUACUAGUCUCUCUUGGCCAGCAGACUAAAAUUCCUAGGUCAUCUUCAAAGGGGACACAGAGCGGUAAAACCCAAGCCCUGGGGUGAUGCUGAAAGCUUACCAGGUUGCAACACGGUUAUUCCCUUGACCCACGUAGUAAAGCACAUGUAAAUUUGUAGUGUAGUGGAGGCACACAGUUUUUUGAUGGUUUACAUACUACCUUUUUGUUACUGCACUUCUGGAUGAAAGCAGUCAGCUGCAGAUCAUGGCUCUGCAGGUUGUGGCCUAAUGAAGAAAAACUCAGAGCGAGGAUCAGGCACGUUUGGUGUAAAUUGUCCAGUGAAGACCUGCUCACUCAAAAGCAGAAAGAACCAAAUAGCAGGAAACAAUUCUUUCUAUCAACAUGUAGCCCCAAAUCACUUUGAUGUUUGACUACUAUCCACAUUUCUGGGUUUUUUUCAGGUGAUUCCUGACACCACCUCUAAGCUUUUCUACUCUCUGAUAUUUUUUGCUAGCUAAUAUGAAUAAUGAGAGAUUUCUAUAGCUCAGCUAGCUAGCUUAAAAGUGUAUUAAUUUUGUGUUCCACUGGAAUACAUGGUGCCAAACAACAGCCACAGAAAUGCAAGUACCCUCAAAAUAAACUUCUACCUACAUGCAAAGAGAAAAGGUUUUAUUAGAGAUUGUAAUAACCACAUAAAAUUAUUUUGACCAGUUUCAUAUAAAGGUGGCUUCACUGAUACCUUGGAACAGUCUUCCAGGAAGAUUUAAUUUAAUCCAUACUGCAGUCAGUGUUUUCUUUGGAACUACAAUAUUUUUCUCAGAAAGAUGUUCACCCUCCAUCUCAUAUUUACUAAGUAGACACCAACUAGACCUGUGUUCAGCAAUAUUGACAAGGCCAAUGUUAUAGGGAUUUAAACAGAGAACAACAGAAAGCCAUACACAAACCAGAGCAGUUCUUGCUGGCAGUUCAAAAAUGCUUGCACAGGAUCAUGGGGUAUUUGUCUCAGAUUCAGAGCUAUUCCUUGUCUCUGACUCAGACUCUCUCAUCUUUCAAUACAAUUAUUCUGUAGAAGAUCAAAAAAGAAUUCCAUUUUUUUUCAUGUUUUCUCCAAGCAGCUCCGACACCCAGCGAAAGAUUUCUCAGGAUGCCAGAGCCAGCAAAGUCAACCUCAGCCCCCAAAAAGGGCUCCAAGAAAGCUGUGACAAAGACCCAGAAGAAGGGCGAUAAGAAGCGGCACAAAAGCAGGAAAGAGAGCUACUCCAUCUAUGUCUACAAAGUGCUGAAGCAGGUUCAUCCUGACACUGGCAUCUCCUCCAAGGCCAUGGGCAUCAUGAACUCCUUCGUCAAUGACAUCUUUGAGCGCAUUGCUGGAGAAGCCUCCCGCCUGGCCCAUUACAACAAGCGCUCUACCAUCACCUCCCGGGAGAUCCAGACAGCCGUGCGCCUGCUGCUCCCAGGAGAGCUGGCCAAGCAUGCUGUCUCUGAAGGCACCAAGGCUGUCACCAAGUACACGAGCUCCAAGUAGCCAGACAUCACCUCUGCAACGGGACCAUCAAACACCAGGCCCUCCAUGCAAGCACGGGUAAGCAGCCAUGGUCUGGAUAAAUGUCACAGCUAUUAUCCACAGCAAUUUGCAGCCUCGGGAUGGGCAUGAAAAGCUGCCCAGUGGAAGAGGAGACAGUGAUCUGGAUGUCAGCUGAUUUUCAUAGUCUGUUCAGGACGUGGAAAGGAUUUGUCAAGGCUCAUGGAGGAGGCUCUUGCUUUCACAUCUCAUUCAAAGAACUGACCAACCAUACUGUAUCCAGUCUCCUCUGUGCUUAGCAAACACGCAUGUUUGGCACUGGCAGGGGAGACUGGCAGUGGCAGACACCAUCCCUGAAGUCUUCCUGUUUGACUGCUUUCUCACAGUCAUCUGAUAUGGGCACUGAGGAGUCAGCACUGGCAUCCUCUCUCUCAUAGCCUGGAUCCCUCCUGAUGUGCAGUGGCUCAGCCCACCCUGUGCUGGCAGAAGCAACAGCUACCAGGCACACAUUGAUUCAACAGCUAUCUGUGCUUGACAGCCUGUUUUAAAGAGCAAACCUGGCAGGCAGGCAGAUGCCCAAGUUGAUACCAAGUGCUAAUCCUCCUCAUUGCUCCCGAUGGAUGAGCCAUGGAGCAGGCUGAGGGUGCUGGCGCUGCCUCCACCUUGUGCCAAGGUGGAGAGAUGGACAAGGCGAGAUGUUGGGACUGGGUCACCACCUUUCCUGGCUGCUGCUUUGCCUGCUUUAGGACUUGCUUUGAUGUGCAAGACUUUGCUAAUUCUGCUGCUUUUUACAGACUUUUUCUGCCUUGACGCUGCCUGGGCACUCCCACUGUAAGUGUGGGUGAGAAGGGGUGGGGCCCAUGAGUGUCCCCUCUCCUGUGAGCUCUAGGCUGGUCAAGGACAAACAUUAGAGAAGCGUUGGGAGGGGACUGAGGAUUUGGGAAGGCAUCUGGUAUGGGAGCAGAGGUGGGUAAUGCAUUUUGGGGGGGAAAGAGGCUGGCUCCCUGCAGAGAUCACUGCAGGCAGCUCACUUGGCUCUGCCUUCCCUGCUUUGUUCAGCAGUUAGAAAGCAAAACCAAAAACUGGGGCUGGGUGGAUGUAUAGGGACACUUUCCUGCAUCCCAGGUAUUUUAAAGAUUACUCCCCACAUCUUCUCAAAAUCCACAGUAAGGUGAGCAAUAAUAGAAUCUUGUUAAAAGCCAUAGAGAUUAGUGGAGGCAUAUCUUGGUUACAGGUUUAUCUUGCCCAGACUGCUGGAUAGCAGAAGAGCAUGUGUAGCACUGGUGUGAAGUUGAAACUUCCUACUCAAAACACAAAAUUAGCCAACAUUAAAAAAAAAAUCAAAGUCUCUGGUAGGCAGUAAUGCUCAGAUAAAAAAUAUGCAUGUCUAAAAUAACAACAGUUUUCUGCAACUUAUUCUGUAAAUAAAAGGAGCAGCAAAGGCACAGGAUCCAGAACUAAGUGCAGAUUCUUCCUAAACUCCAAGACCUUGUUUUUAAUCGAAAAGUAAAUUCAUACUCCAAAAUAGCAGCCUUGCAGUACAUCUCUAACUUUCCCCUGCAUUUAUCUCUAUCAUGUUUCUUUAUGCUUUGAGAGUGAUUGGAACCUUUAAAAAAUUUAGAUUGCUUUUGGAGCUGUAGGACUCUGCCUCUCCAGAAGAUUCAGUUAUUCCUUGGUUUUAUAAUAACAUUGCAGUCAUUUUUCAAUUGGUCUGAGGAGAGGACUGCAUAGACCUGCUCAACCAAGAGCACCUCAGAAACCCAAGAGCAGCCUGGAUGUGUGAUCUCUGUGCAGGAGUGAAGGUCAAGUUGUUUGUGGGCUGCUCCCAGCCCCCUGCAUUGGUUUGAACACCCCACACCUGAAAAGGGACUUUCCUACCGCACUCUGCUCAGUGAUAACACAUGGCUGUGUUUCAUAGCCUAAUGCCAGCAGGAAUGUCUGGUGAUACCUCUCAGAAAGAACAGCACCUGGUUAGCUGGCUGCCAGGACCCACAGGGAGCUGCUCCCAGCAGCAGCACCUGUACUUAGCAGUAUUGGUAACCUGGGCCACUUGGCCAGGACACUUUGGAGGUGACAGCUUACUACUUACUUUUGUUUUCCAAUCAAAGAGUCAAAAUCAGAUGCCAAAGAUUAAAAUGUACCUGCAGUGAGCCUAAAGCCACCAUCCUUGGCCAUCAGAAAUCCAGACGGUGGAUGAUGCAUAAGGGGAAUAUAGGGAGUGAAGGGCUGGUUGACAUUGCUGGAGCUUUCUUCUUCUGUCCCUAUGAGCUGCAGGUCAGAAUUUAUCCCCCUCGGGAGUCAUCUUGAAGGUAGAAAUUCAAAGUGGAAUAAACUUACUCCAGUCCAAGCAAUGUGUGCGAGCCAGGACACACAUCUCCUAGGAUUACUUGGCACAGCCUCUAAACCCUCACUCUUUUGAGCAGAGCAGAGUCCUGCUUCAGUCUCCACAAGCUGCAAGAAAUCAGGAAAAUAAAAUGACAUGUCAGUCCUCCAGGGUCCCUGGCUAAGGGAGCCAGGAAUGAGGCUGGUCUUUUGGGCAAGAGCUGCUCACCCCAUACACGUACUCACAGUACUGGUCCCAUUUGCUUCUGCCACUGUUGCCACUCUCCAUUUUUGGAACUUGUUUCAGAGAGAAGAGAGACAGUGAUUUAAGGCUACAAAAAUACCUGAAGACUUAAAGAGGAUUUUUAUAUUGUCUAAAGCUGAGUGACUGAGACUGAUCACAUCCAUCCAUUUAUAGUUUAGGUUGUCCUUGCACACAUCAUUUGCUCUUUAAGUCUCCCUUUGUAUUUUUUUUUACUCACCCCUGACAAUGUGAAGUACAGGAUUGAGGAACUGAUCCAUGUUAAAAUGAAAAAAAUGGUUUUUUCUCUUCUUGAAAGCUUCGUUUUAACCCAGUUCUGGUGGCUGCUCUGUUCUGUCAGUGUUGUACAGACACUUGUGCCAGUGAAAGGAAGGGAUUACCCAGGAAAGGCAAGGCUGGUAUAAACUAGGACUGACACAGAAAGCAGUUGGGAAGUUAAUGGCCCUAGUGUCAAGGAAAAAUGAAGAAAGGAAAUCUGAGUCUCCUGCAGUGGUUGAGUUAGCAGCAAAGAUGAGGCUUUUAAAUAUGCCACUAUGGGUGUUACCCACGCAGUGUCCCACGAGCAGUUUCUCUUGCAGUCCCAAUGCUGGAAAUCAGGUACAUCCUGUUUCUGCAGGUCCCAGAGGACUCAAGUGUUUCACAAGUGAAAGGGAGCAGGUUGGGAAGGGGACUCUGCUGCCAUGCAGCCACCCAGCUGUAGCAGUUGGAGGCUCCUUGUUCAGGCAAACCUGCAAGGCAGCCUGCCCUUCCCACAGCUGCCUGCUGCUGUACGGGAGCACACUCACAGCAGUUUAACAGGAAUUAUUUUGAAUGUGAUGAGCUUGGACUGAGCCUUAAUAUUAGAGGAAACAGAAGGUGGUCUAAAAGUUCAAGGAUCAAUUGUCUACUAAGUAAUCUGAGGUGUGACAUACUUCACAGUUCCCUGAUAAGGAGAUUGGCUGCAGAAGAGGGGUUCUACACUCCAGGAUUCAUGCUUUUAAAAUAAUACAUAUUUCCAGAUCUGGAAUUGAUAAAAUCGUUUAAAACUGGAGAUAAUAUACCAAGCCCCACUGUCCCUAUCUGAUUCCUACUGCAGUCCCAGGAGUAUCUCUAGGCCACUCCUGUGUUUUGUGAGUUAAAAAAGUAAAUCAACUACAGACUGAAAGUUGGAAAGGAAGAUGCAAAAUGUAAUACAGCCUUGCUAUUAACCUCAUAUUAACCCCAAGGACAUCACAGCACUGAGUUAUUUAUUUUUGUGUACGAAAGAAAUAAAACAAGCUGCUAUAGAUCUACAUCUGAUUUUCCACCCUGCUUCACUAGAAGGGCUUAAAGUCCACCUGCCCUUCACAGCACAGCUCAACCUACAGAGGAAUUGAGUGGCCACCUGCAUGGAGGUUUGCUCCUGCUCAGGACAGAGAGGUUUUUAUUCAAGCAUGGUGAAAACAAGCAUAAAAACAAGUGUGGAGGAAAGUGCUUGUCCUGGACACCACUGUGUGUCCUAGGGAGGGACACUACAGAGCCCUGCCCAGCAGAGCUAUGUGGCUGUGCACCCUUCUGCUCUGGUGACAGGCAUCCAUGCAGAUAGCUCCAUGUCCUGACCACCCCUAGAGCAGAGCUUGGCAUGGCCUCUGAGCAGCCCUGAGCAUUUGUCCCAUCAUAGCAUUUCCUGACGGUUUACAUCCAGAUCAAAUUGUUUACAGGGAAAGGAAGAAUGUGUACUGAAUCAUAGAAAUUAUUUGCUGACAGAGUUUUGAGAGCUCCCUGGGACCAGUACCUGGGGAGCAAUCUUUCAUGCUUACUUCAUGCAUCGUGUCUUGUGGGCUUAUGUACAGUUUUUCUGACAGUAAGUGUUACAUCAAGUAUGAUCCAUGUUAUAUUGCUGCUGGUUUAUGACCUAUCUUAGUGCUAAUUACCUGUUUUCUGUUAAAUGUAUUAAUAAAAUAUAAAUGCCAACCUGUUGGAAAUCAAUGAGACCCA